AUAGACCAGAGCAGAGAACCGACACAAGUGACCUCUUCUUUUUUUUUAGCGUGAGCUCAUAGACAAGCUCGCUCUCUCCUUCUCUUUCUCUCUCUCUCUCUUGCACACUCUUGUUCUUUCGUUGAGCUCUUGCUGGAUCCUUAACUGAGGAGUGAAUCUCUAUGCCAGCAGAGAGGAGGAGGGCUUUCUCCUGUGUAUGACUCUGCGGACGAGGAGCCCACCUCUCAGUCAGACCACAGCGAGAUCCAGGGCACUCUCAAGACUCUGGCCAGUAAGUUGGAUGACUUGAGCACAUGCAAUGACUUGAUAGCCAAGCACGGAGCAGCGCUGCAGCGGUCUCUGAGUGAACUCGAGACCUUACGUGUGCCUCUGGAGGGAGGAGAGAAAAUCAAAGCUGUCAACGAGAGAGCCACUCUCUUUCGCAUCACCUCCAAUGCUAUGAUCAAUGCGUGUCGAGAUUUCUUGGACCUGGCAGAGAGCCACAGCCGCAGAUGGCAGCGAGUACUUCAGCAUGAGCGAGAGCAGCGCACACACCUGGAGGAGACCAUCGAGCAGCUAGCCAAGCAGCACAACAGCCUGGAACGAGCCUGGAGAGAGGCCCCCACGCACCCUGUCAACACGCCCGAUACACCCACCACCGACACGGGAGUGAGUGAAAGGCCCAGGAAAGAGGAAGCGAGUGAUGAAGAUGAGGAUACAGAGUACUUUGAUGCCAUGGAAGACUCACCUGCUUUUAUAACAGUGACUGCCACGGACCCCUCUCACCACAGACGUUCUCAGAGUAAUCUCAGUGGUGCUAGCGGAGGACAGCCCAGUGACUGGAACCAGGAAGACAAUUGUUCCGUGAGCAGUAAUGAUUUUUCAGGGAAAGAGCUGCAGCCUCACAGGAAGAGGCGGACCCAGAUCCCAGAGAAGCCCAACUAUUCGCUCAAUCUGUGGAGCAUAAUGAAGAACUGCAUCGGCAAAGAACUCUCUAAGAUUCCAAUGCCUGUGAACUUCAACGAGCCCCUGUCCAUGCUGCAGCGCUUGACGGAGGACUUGGAGUACCACGAGCUGCUGGAUAAGGCGGCACGCUGUGAGAACUCUCUGGAGCAGAUGUGCCUGGUCGCAGCCUUCUCCGUCUCCUCGUACUCCACCACAGUGCACCGGACGGCCAAGCCCUUCAACCCUCUCCUGGGAGAGACCUACGAACUGGACCGUCUGGAAGAAUUCGGCUACCGUUCCCUCUGUGAACAGGUCAGUCAUCAUCCGCCGGCAGCCGCCCAUCAUGUGAUGUCACAGCGAGGCUGGACCCUGUGGCAGGAAAUCACCAUCGCUAGCAAGUUCCGUGGCAAAUACCUCUCCAUCAUGCCUCUGGGUGCGAUCCACCUACAGUUUCAUGCGAGUGGAAACCACUAUGUGUGGCGUAAAGUCACCUCAACCGUGCACAACAUCAUUGUGGGCAAACUGUGGAUUGAUCAGUCAGGAGAUAUUGACAUAGUCAACCACAGGACCAAAGAGACCUGUCAGCUCAAGUUCUCUCCGUACAGUUACUUUUCGAGGGAAGUCCCACGAAAGGUCACAGGAGUGGUGAAGGACAGUGACUGCCAGGCUCACUACAUCCUGUCAGGCACAUGGGACGACAAGAUGGAGAGCGCCAAGAUUGUGCAGAGCAGCAGAGGAAGUAGCAGCUCUGAGGGCAAACAGAAGACUGUCUAUCAGACGCUCACACCCAAACUGCUGUGGAAGAAAUACCCUCUACCAGAGAAUGCUGAGAACAUGUACUGUUUCUCCUCUCUGGCUUUGACCCUGAAUGAGGAAGAGGAGGCUGUGUGUUGGACGGACAGCAGGCUCAGGCCGGACCAGCGGCUGAUGGAAGCGGGACGCUGGGAUGAGGCCAAUGUAGAGAAACAGAGGCUGGAGGAAAAACAGAGAGCCACGAGGAGGAGGAGAGAGGCUGAGGCCUCAAAGGCCAUCGAUGAAGGACAAGACUUUGAAGGCUACAUGCCACUGUGGUUCCACCAGAGGACGGAUGAAUUGACAGGAGAGACCAUUUACGUUUAUAAGGGGGGUUAUUGGGAGGCAAAAGAAAGACAAGACUGGAAUAUGUGUCCCGAUAUCUUUUAAACAAGCAGACAAAGACAAAAGACGAAUAACUCAUCAGGGCCCUGGGACUGCA